GAGCCUGGAUCCUGGACAACAAGGUCCCCUACUCCCCACUGCCCUGGGCAGGGUCAGUUAGGGCGGCAGGUCUGAACACUAAUGAGAGUGGAAACAAUUGGGGGAUGUUGUAUAAAUGUAGGUUUUAAUUCAGUGCCUGAGACUUUGAAUGUCAGAGUAGCUCACAGCCCUGCUGGUUCUGCAGGACCUCAGAGCACACCUGAGUGACUAGAUUCAGAAUGAAAGGACCCAGGAUGUAGUCACUACAAAUAGAGUCUCGCAGAGAUCACUGAUUCUUCUGCCUCAUCUGGGAAAGUAUUUCUCAGGAUCAACUCAGAGGCAGGUUUAUUGCAGCCACCACCACAGCCCUACUGGGUCAUUUCAACAAGCCAAAGGAAUGUGAGUUUGUAUUUCAAAAACCAAACCACGACUUGGCUUUCCUGAUGAAAAUGUCAAUCUCUGCUCAUGUGCUUCCCCAGGCAUCCUAGAGGUCACUGUUGUGAUGACCCAAGGUUUCUGAGGUGGAUGAAUUGUUCUGGGAAACAGAACAGAAACAGGAAACUGGGAAGCCCAGGGGACAGAAAAACCAGACAGCCUGCCUGAGAGUGGUGGAUGAGAGAGUUUGUCACUCUGGUCACAGUGGAUCCAUUGUGUGCCUGAGCAGGGAGUGAGCAGAGAUGGACAGCAAGGGCAUGGCCAUCUCGGGUAUGCACAGAGGGGGUUCCAUGUACGGGGUGGGUGACCAGGGUGUGUUGGGCAGACCGCAACUCCACGCAUAACACCCAGAUUAAAACCUGAUUUGAGAGGAGCCAUCCGGGGCAUCCCUGGUCUGACUGUCCCCCUCUGCUGUCGUGUGAGGGUUGGAGUCAAGCAGCCCAGGAAAGAAAUGCUGCCAACCCACACUUUCAUUUGCACUUCUACUGGAAAGUCUUGCCUCUCAUGGAUCACCAUCUAAGAACUUCAGGCUGGGAGGGAACUUGGGGGCCAUUGCUCCUCAACAGGCACCACUCACCACCACCCUCUGCCUGCGCACCCCCACUUCUGGGGGACUCUCUCCCUCCAAAGGCAGCCAGCUCCAUGGUGUUGCAGAUCUGACCUCUGAGAAGCAUGCAGUCUCUUUAGAAUCAGCCUCCACCCUCUCACUAACCUUCCUUCCCCACCCCUCACCCCCGAGAGGCACCCUGGGUCUGUGCCCACCAUUCUUCCCCACUCAGCCACACCUCUGGCCAUCACACAGUGGGUCUCCAUGCCCCACGGGAGUGUGGCCAUCACACAGUGGGUCUCCAUGCCCCACGGGAGUGUGGUGGUCAGCCCCGUGCAGUGCAGACAAGGGCGGUCUGGGCUGUGACGGGGCAGGAAGCGGCACCCAGCAGGAGGACCCAGACGCUGAGCAGGUGUGAGCGUGUUGGAGGCUCCCAGGGCUCCAAGCAGUCGCCUCACAGGUGCUCCGAGGAGCCAGGACAGGGAAGGACACGCCCAUCUCCCUGUCCUGCCGCUCCUCAGACCAUGGAGGUGGGCUGUCCCCUCCACGUGUUUUCCAACACUGGGACGCUGGCAGGAGCCCCCCCUAGGCCCUCAAGGACACACGGCGCUCUGCUGACAGCAUGGCACUGUGGUCCAGGCUCCAGACAGUGAGGCUGAGAUGGGGCUCAGGGGUUGCAGGAGAGACAGAAAACACACAACUUGGCCUCUAGGGGGCUGGUUCCUGCUCUAUUCCCUUCCUGGAGAUGGAAUCAUCACAAACUCAAGAGCAGGUCAGUCUGAGCACAUCAGAGAUGGGCAGUGUGGUCUCUUGGUCAGUAGGCAGUGAGGCACUGAAGGCUCUCUGGUCUGCAAGAGAAUGUGACCUGUGACCUUGACCUACUACUCCCUCUUGCCGUCCCCGCCUGCUCUCUGCUGUCUACUCUGGGUGUCAUCAGUUCAGGCCAUGCCACCCCACAGAAAUGGAAACCUCUCAGAGAUGCCUCUGCAGGAGUUCAUGCUGGAGGGAUUUGAGGGAGGUCUGCAGACCCAGGCCCCACUCUUUGCUCUGUUCCUGGCCCUGUACAUGGUGGCCGUCCUGGGGAACCUCACCAUGAUCGUGCUCAUCACCCUGGAUGCCCGUCUGCACUCCCCAAUGUACUUCUUCCUCAAGAACCUCUCCUUUGUGGACUUUUGCUAUUCAUCUGUCAUCGCCCCCAAGGCCCUGGCCAACUUCCUGUCCUCCUCCAAGGUCAUCACCUUUGCAGGAUGUGCCACCCAGUUCUUCUUCUUCUCCCUGCUGGUCACCACUGAAGGAUUCCUCUUGGCCGUGAUGGCCUAUGACCGCUUCAUGGCCAUCUGCAGCCCCCUGCGCUACCCCAUCUCCAUGCGCCCCUCGGUCUGUGCCCGCCUGGUGCUGGGCUCCUACUGCGGGGGCUGCCUCAACUCCAUCCUGCAGACCAGCUUCACAUUCAGCCUCCCGUUCUGCAGCUCCAACCACAUCGACCACUUCUUCUGUGAUGUGCCCCCUCUGCUCAAACUCGCCUGUGCUGACACUACCAUCAAUGAGCUGGUCAUGUUUGGCCUGUGUGGGCUCAUCAUCGUGGGCACCACACUCGUGGUCCUCGUUUCCUAUGGCUACAUCACAGGGACCAUCCUGAGGAUGCGCUCAGGAGGAGGGAGACACAAGCUCUUCUCCACCUGCGGCUCCCACAUGACAGCCGUGUCCCUCUUUUAUGGGACUGUCUUUGUCAUGUAUGCCCAGCCGGGAGCUGUGGGGUCCAUGGAGCAGGGCAAGGUGGUCUCUGUCUUCUACACCCUGGUCAUCCCGAUGCUCAACCCCCUCAUCUACAGUCUGAGAAACAAGGAUGUGCAGGAUGCCCUGUGGAGACUGGGGCAGAGACACACAGCCACGUGAAGGAGGGUGGCCAGAGAGACAGUGUCCUGAGAACAUAGCAAGAGGGUUUUAGGGGAGGCACUGGGUUUUCUCUGAGGAAUAUAUUCUUCAUUCAUGCAAUUCACCCAUUUUCACUCAAUCCUUUGUGGAAGCACAUGUUGGACCACACAAGCAAGUCUGAGAUGCAGAGAUGGAUAAUGCCACUGGAAAAAUAAUGGCCCAUGAUGGGGCAAGAUUCUAAUCUCAAAGUCUGGAUAAUACAGCAGGCAGAGUAAUGAGCAGAGUAUUGAAACGACGCAUGUAUUCCAGGUUCAACGUCCUCCAGGGAAGGUAUGAAACAGUCUGAGCCCUCUCUCUUCACUUCACCUAUGAAUCUAAUGUAAAUGUGUGCUUAGCAAUCUCCCCUGGAGCACAUAGAAAUGGCGGGGGUGGGGUGGCUGGGCGGGUGCAACAGGACGCUUAUCCUGGCCCCUUCCUUGGUGAUAGCCUGGGUCCCCACACAGGGAAUUAGGGGAGUUAGGAAGACCACGCUUCCCCUCAAUCCUGCAACGGGGGUGUUCCUCCCCACCCCCGCCCUGUUCACUGAUGCCGCCACCCAGCAAGGCAGCAGGGAGCACCUGCUCCUGCUUCAGAGGCUCCCAGUGCUCCCCGUCCUGGGUUCUCCCCUCAGACAGCAGCUGGGAGCCCCAGGGAGUCAGCGUGGGUGCCCGACACCCAAAGUUCACCAUCCAACCUGACAGGUGACAGUGUCCUGACUACGUGUGACCUUAAGAAAUGGGGCCUUGUCAGCACAGACAUCUCGGAAUAAGGGUGGAGGGCCUGGUGCUGCUGCAGAGAGCAGGGGUGGGGAGGGAGGGGGCAGUUUCCUGGUGAUGAGCACAGCUCCCUGCUCUCUGUCCCAGACUCCCUGGGAGCCUUAAUUUUGACCAGCCCAUCAGUGCUCCAUUCUUGUGCUCCAUGGACCCAACACACAGCCUGGACUCAGAGCCCAGUGGCC